UCCGACCGGUCCGCCGUUCAUUCCGUACCGUAACCGCGUUCGUGUUCGACGUCCGUCCGACAUCGCUCGUAUCGUCGACACCAUCAUCUCUGCGUUGUUCCGUUCGGUUUUUUUCGUCCGCACGCGCGCACCGGUCACAUUGAUCGGCAUUGUUUUCCGUUUUCCUCUUUCGUCCGGAUCGACCCCGCAAAGGCAACGAACGGUUUCCGAAUCCGAUCACCGUCGAUCGUGCGCGACGUCCGCGGACACGUCGACUCGCCGGACCGCGACCCGUCACCGAGUGCGUGCGUACGAUACUCUAUUUGUUCGCCGUUUAGAGCACCUGACGUCGCGCCACGCACGAGUACCCGCGGCACGUUCCGUCGGUCGCCGCCCGUGACGAGGAGAGAACCGCGGAAGGACCAGCGCUCGCGCCGCCCGACAUGGACGCACCGCCGCACAUGACCAACUUCGACUUCAUCAUGGACCACCAUCAUCACCACCACCACAACAGGGCGUCGCUGGACACGUCGGUCUCGCCACCGGCCGCCCUGGUGCUGCAACAGCAACAGCAGGCGCAGUUGCAACAGGCGCAGCAGCAGGCCCAGCAGCAGGCCCAACAACAGCAGCAGCAGCAGCAAGCCCAGCAGCAGCAGCAGCAACAGGUCGCGGCGGGCGCCAAGCCGGAACACAUCAAGCGGCCGAUGAACGCGUUCAUGGUGUGGGCGAAGAUCCAGCGGCGGCUGAUCGCGCACGACAACCCGAAGAUGCACAACUCGGAGAUCAGCAAACGGUUGGGCGCCGAGUGGAAGCUGCUCAGCGAGUCGGAGAAGCGACCGUACAUCGACGAGGCGAAGCGGCUGCGCGCGCUCCACAUGAAAGAGCACCCGGACUACAAGUACCGGCCGCGCCGCAAACCCAAGAUCCAGCUGCACAACAACAACAGCAACUCGAACAACAAUAACAACAACAACAACAACAACAGCACUAGCAGCAACAUGAACGGCGUGGGGCACCAUCAUCACCACCACAACGGCAACGGCAUGUCCGUGGCCGCGGCCAUGCACGCGGCCGCCGGCGUGCAGGCCAUGAACCACCACCACCACCACCACAAGCCGAACUUCCACAGCUUCCCGGUGGUGUCGGCGGCCGGCGCGGGCUCGGGCGCCACCAACUUCGCGGCCAACUUCCCGAUGCCGUACUUCUCGACCGGCCAUCACCCGGCCCUGCACUCGUUCGAAGGACUGGGCGCCGCCGCUGCGGCUGGUUACUCGACUGCCGGGCUCGUCAACCCGUACCUGGGCGCGGCCAUGCCGUCGUUCGAUCCCAUUCACCUGUCCAAACUGGUGGCUCAGCAGCAGCAGGCCGUGGCGCAGACCACGGGCGGCGGGUCGCCGUCGCCGACGUCGCAGGUCACCGGCUCGCCACCGCUGCCGCCCACGUCCACCAUAACAUCCGACAUCAACAUGAACGCGGUGCACGGGCUACAGCAGCACCAUCACCAGCAGCAGCAGCAGCAGCACCACCACCAGCAGCAGCUGCACCACCACGAGAAGAACGGCGCCGCGGUGGUCCGGUCGUUCUACAACCCGUUCUACCCGUCGGCCGCCGCGUCGGCAAAGUCCGGCCCGUACUCGCAUCACCCCAUGAGCAUUUUCCCGUCGCCGUUCCCGUUCUACAACAACGGCGGCGGUGCCGGAGCCGGUGACGAUCUCCACGGCCAGCAGCAGCACAGCCAAUCGGCCGCCGCCGCUGCGUUCGCCGUCCAGCAGCACCACCAGCAGUUACAGCUGCAGCAGUUGCAGCAGCACCACCAGCACCAGCUUCAGCAGCAACAGAUACAGCAGCAACAGCAGCAGCAGCAGCAGCAGCAAGACAGCAACAGGCCCGGGUCCACGUCGUCCGACAUGGAGAGCAAUGACGCGGCCAGACAAGUUCCUAACGCUAUUCAUUGAAGAAAACCAAAAAUCGUGAAAUAAAAAGGGAAAUCAACACGGUCUGUGUGAACGAUUUCUUUUUUAUUUUAUCUAUUUUUUUUUCUUCUACUAUUUUUACUUAAUUUUUAGAACGAUAUUAUACGCCCCAGUAUAAUAUUCAAUAGAGUCCAGGAAUGCCCGAUUCGUGGUUCACUGCAUUUUUUUUUUUUCAUUUUUUCUUCGCAGCAAUUUAUUUUCAGCUCGUUCUGAUAAGCUUACGCUCGUCGUGCUAAUGAUUUCAACGUUCCGAUUUGACAAUUUUUUAUCAUUACCAUCUCGUAUUACUGUAGUUAGUAAACAAUAACUAAUAUAUAACUAUGCGUACGAAUUUAAUUCGACGUUCUUCGUUCUUCGCGCUAACAUAUCAUAUAUACCGCGUCCUCUGCUUGAUUUGCGCUCGAAUUAAUUCUGAAUUUUUACGCAUUACCGGGUGCUUUUGGUACCAAAACUCAUGUAAAUAUGAACACAUGUGUACGUAUGGGUGUACACUACAUGGGCAAUUUGCUUACGUACUCCCUCUGGUGGGUUCUUUGGUAAUUGGUCGGCAAACAUUUUUGUCGAUACGACUGCGAAUUAUUGCAAAGGGUUGGACGUCUGGGUCUGUUGUUGUAGAGUAUAAGAUCAACUCUGGUGCUACUGGGUUACAUAUUUAUUAGUAUUAUGUAUUGCGUACUAUAUAACAGUGUUUCUUAACCGUUCUUAACGUAUUGAAGAACAAAUGGCCCCGUCUCUAUCUUUCAAUAAUAUUAUCGUAGUCUUAUGAUAAUAAAUCAUAUUUCAUUUUUUUUUUUUUUUUUUUUUACCAUUAGUACACUCAAAAGUGUAAAACACAAUCGUUUUUCUGUAUGAUGACUGCUGCUUGUAGCAAAAAAAAAAAAAUCAAUUUUAUGUCAUCGUUAUUAAACGUACAAUGUUUUUUACGUACCCAGUAUAUUUGGGUUUAAUUUUUUUUUUAUUCGACUCGGUAAGAGUAAAUAAUUAUAAAAUCACUUUUUUUUUUCAAACGUUUGUAUUUAGUAUGUAGGAUAUGUAAGAAUAUUUCUAAUUUUUUUUUUGUAUUUCAAUAAUACGCAUUAGUGUUAAGGAGAUAAACAAAAGUGGAUGAAUUAACAAACACGAGAUACAGCAAUGCAUUAAAAAUAAAAAAAUAAACCAUCCAUAAAAUUAAGUGACGAUUAUCUAAUCGUAUGGGGCUGAAACCUAACUGUAUUCACGUAGCACAGGUUAAGAACCACUGUAAUAUAUAGUAUAAUAGGAACAAACGCAAUAGUUAAUCAUCGCACGCAAUUAAUGAUUGACAACAAUCGAAAAAGAAAACAAUCAAAAACCAACAAUCG